CGGCUCUGCAGCGAGCGAGUGGCACCUCGUAAUAACGAAGACAUACCAGUGUCAGAUCCGUAAAUUACUCACAAGCCCUAACACUCUCUCGACUCUCACGCUCAAUAUCGUGGGUUUUCCGCAUCCUUCUUCUCUCCUCAGAAUCAGGAUCGUUGCUUCCACCUCCGCGACCUCUCUCGGGUCACUGUCUUGAGUUCAAAAUAUGGCGGAUGGAUCACAGCAUCCAUCAAUACUCCGGAAGAUGCAUGGGCAAUCAUAUUUCUUCUCUCAGAUUUCUCCCAACUUGCAAUCCAGGAAUGCUGGUUUACAAAAUGUGACUAGUGCAUACAUGAAUGGAGGUCUGCAGAGUCCUCUGUUGGCAGCAUGCCAAGGCACUGGCCUGGAAAUUGUAUCACCGCUAUCCCCUCUUUUUGUACAAGCUCCCUCGGAAAAAGGUUUUAAAGGUUUUAUGGUGGACUUCCUCAUGGGAGGAGUAUCUGCUGCUGUAUCCAAGACCGCUGCUGCUCCAAUAGAGCGAGUUAAGCUCUUGAUUCAGAAUCAGGACGAGAUGCUCAAAACUGGUCGACUUUCUGAACCAUACAAGGGAAUUGGUGACUGCUUCGCAAGAACUAUCAAGGACGAAGGCAUUAUUGCUCUUUGGAGAGGCAACACUGCCAAUGUGAUCAGAUACUUCCCAACCCAGGCCCUUAACUUUGCUUUCAAGGAUUACUUCAAGAGUUUGUUUAAUUUCAAGAAAGAUAAGGAUGGUUACUGGAAGUGGUUUGCUGGGAACUUGGCAUCAGGUGGUGCUGCUGGUGCUUCAUCUCUUCUGUUUGUUUAUUCCCUGGAUUAUGCUCGAACACGUUUGGCUAAUGAUGCUAAAGCUGCCAAGAAGGGUGGUGAAAGGCAGUUUAAUGGCUUAAUUGAUGUUUACAAGAAAACCCUCCAAACUGAUGGCCUUGCUGGGCUUUAUCGUGGAUUCAACAUCUCAUGUGUGGGCAUUAUAGUUUACCGGGGGCUCUACUUUGGGAUGUAUGAUUCCCUGAAACCGGUUGUUCUGGUUGAUAAGUUGCAGGAUAGUUUCUUGGCGAGUUUCUUGCUGGGAUGGGGGAUCACCAUUGGUGCAGGAUUGGCCUCUUACCCAAUUGACACCGUUCGGAGAAGGAUGAUGAUGACUUCAGGAGAAGCUGUCAAGUAUAAGAGCUCCCUUGAUGCAUUCUCUCAAAUCGUGAAGAAUGAAGGUCCUAAAUCACUCUUUAAGGGUGCUGGAGCAAACAUCUUACGAGCUGUUGCAGGAGCUGGAGUGCUCGCCGGCUACGACAAGUUGCAGCUCGUUCUUCUUGGUAAGAAAUAUGGUUCUGGCGGUGGUGGUUAAUAUGUCCAUGGUGAUGAUGAUGACGUUGAUAAAGUAUGGUAUGGUUAUUUAGGUUAAUUAUGUGUUGUUUGGAACAUUUUGUACGAACUAUGGUGCCUUUGAUAUAUGUCUCCGAGUUUUUUUCAUACUAGUCCUUACCUAUAUGCAUCUUCAUGCACUAGAGCUGGAGAUUUUAUUUUAGUGGCCAUUUUGGAGAGAAGUAAUUAGACAAUGGUUAGUCAACUGUGAUGUGUUUGGGAACGUACUCUUGUUUGUGGCUUUCAAGUUAUUGCAAUGAACUAUUCUGAGAAUUACUUA